AUGAAUGCUAUCAGCCGUGUCGUGGAGAACAAUUGGACUUCAGCAUUGAUCCUUGAAGACGACGUCGACUGGGACGUGAGACUGAGGUCACUGCUUACAGACUUCGCAUUGGCUUCUGACACAAUUCUCUCCCGGCGUGACUCGGUGCCGCUCAAGUUCCGCGAGCUUUCCUUCGCUCACACUCCAGUAUCCUCUCCUUACGGCGAUGGCUGGGAUGUCCUGUGGCUGGGACAUUGCGGAAUGGAAAUAUCUGAACGGUCUUGUACUGUGAUCCACGAGGACGAUGAGACUGUUCCGGAAGUUCAGUUCCUCCACUCGUGGAACCAGGAUGAGACCUCGCCCCUCGUUGGUUACCGACCACAUACACGAGUGGUAACCGAACAGAAGGACGGGGUCUGUUCCCUCGCAUACGCGGUCUCUCAGGCUGGUGCGCGGGGACUUUUGAGCAGUCUUGGUCUGAAGCGGAUGAACAACGCCUUUGACUUGAUGUUGCGAGAGUGGUGUGAGGGGACACAUGAAGAACAUCCCCAUCGAUGUAUUGGUGUUUUGCCGCAGCUGUUCGACCAUUACAGGCCCAUCGGACCGUCCGAGGUUGACAGCGACAUUUCAGUCCCGAAUGGCGGCUACCGACACCAGCCUUUCACACAAAACAUCCGAUGGAGCGUGAGGCUCAACAUGGACAAGAUCCUUGACGGCGACACGGAUUACAACGACCAGUGGCCAGACUCGACGGGGUGA